CUGACGUGCAGUAGUCGGCAACGCUGCAACUUUGUGAAGUUCAUUGUAAGCUGUCUGCUGGCCCAGACAAAUUAUGGAAAGGAUAGAGUUGCCUCCUCCGGGGCCUUCAGAUUUGCCUCUCUCUCUGCUUGAGGUGGGAUGCUCUGGAAGAUUUGAACUCAUCACCCACCGUCUGCCUUCUCAUCAGCCCCUGCAUCCAUUGACCACAUUGCCCCAUGGUCUGCCUCCGUACAGUGUGGACCUCCAGAGAGAGGUGGAGAAGCGUUUCCUUAGCGAUCCCGCAUGGCUCCCCAUUCACGACACAGACGCUGCGUUCCAGAAGUUUCUCAAGGUGACCAAACGAGAGAGGAAUCUGGACUCCAUCCUCCAGUGCUCCCCCACGCCGCUGCAUUCUGGCCUCUCUGUGGUGCGAGAUCCAACUACAGGGAUGCUACUGGACUUCACAGAGGUGCCUUUGGAGAACACGGGCCUGUCGGCCAAGAACUCCCUCUCCCUCCAGAGGGCCCCGGGGCCCCCCUCUGAGAGCCUGAGGGGCAGCAACACCAACUACCCCUUCCAGCCAGCUGGCAUGGAAGAGCUGACUCUGGAGCAGAUCAAGAAGAAGUCAGAUCUGGAGGAGGACAUCGACUUUGACAAUGAUUUGCUCACUGUGCCCCCUGGACUAAAAACUGGAAUGGACUUCAGUGCUAAAGAUGCCAAAACGUCCACUAAAGGGGAGGUGAACCUGAUGUCACUUCUGUCCACUUUUGAUGACAUCAUCGAUGUGGCUCCUGAUGGAGAGGAGAAGAAGGGACAAGCAGCAGCAGCAAGUGCCGAAACGCCAAAACUUCCCCGGACCAACAGUCUGGAAGACCUUGGAAUUAAGGAGGGUCCUGUACAGUCUUCCCCGGCCCCUGGUGCCAGUGCCGGGAAGAAAGAAGGAGCGAGUUCAGAGAAAGAGAAAGAAAAGGAAAAAGAUGCAAAGAAGUGGGCCAUACCGGUGGAUAUCCACACCCCUUGCCAAGACUUCUACAAACGCAUUCCAGACCCAGCCUUUAAGUGGUCCUUCGAGCUGGAUGAGUUUCAGAAGCAGGCCGUUCUCAGGUUGGAGGCCCACGAGUCUGUCUUCGUGGCCGCUCACACCUCCGCUGGCAAAACCGUGGUGGCAGAGUACGCCAUCGCCCUGUCACAGAAACACAUGACCAGGACGAUCUACACCUCCCCCAUUAAGGCUUUGUCCAAUCAGAAGUUCAGGGAUUUCAAGAACACGUUUGGAGAUGUGGGGCUGCUAACGGGAGACGUCCAGCUGAACCCUGAAGCCUCGUGCCUCAUCAUGACAACAGAGAUCCUCAGAUCGAUGCUGUAUAACGGCUCAGAAGUCAUCCGGGAUUUGGAGUGGGUAAUCUUUGAUGAAGUUCAUUACAUCAACGAUGCUGAGAGAGGAGUGGUGUGGGAGGAGGUUCUCAUCAUGUUGCCUGAGCAUGUUAGCAUCAUCCUGCUAAGUGCCACCGUCCCCAACGCUCUGGAGUUCAGUGAGUGGAUCGGGCGCAUUAAGAAGCGGCAUAUCUAUGUGAUCAGCACCCUGAAGAGACCUGUUCCUCUGGAGCAUCACCUCUACACAGGAAACAGCACCAAGACCCAGAAGGAGCUCUUCCUGCUCAUCGACGCCGCCGGGAACUUCCUCACCAAAGGGUAUUAUGCCGCUAUUGACGCCAAGAAGGAGCGGACGAGCAAGCACGCCCAGUCUUUCGGAACCAAGAACACGUCUCAGAACACCACGCCAAACCAGGACAAGGCGGUGUGGUUGACGCUCCUCAACUUCCUGUCUCAGCGUCAGCAGACGCCCGUGGUGGCCUUCACCUUCUCCCGUACGCGCUGUGACGACAACGCGCGCUCGCUUGGCACCCUGGACCUGACCAGCGCCACCGAGAAGAGCGAGGUCCACUCCUUCUUCCAGAGGAGUCUCAGUCGCCUCAGGGGCGCAGACCGACAACUACCUCAGAUCCUGCUGAUGAGGGAGUUGCUGAAGAGAGGCAUCGGGGUCCACCACAGCGGCAUCCUACCCAUCCUCAAGGAGGUCAUAGAGAUGCUCUUCUCCAGAGGACUCGUCAAGGUUCUGUUUGCUACAGAGACGUUUGCCAUGGGGGUGAACAUGCCUGCCAGGACGGUGGUGUUUGACUCCAUCCGCAAGCACGACGGCACCGGCUUCAGGAACCUCCUGCCUGGCGAGUAUAUUCAGAUGGCUGGUCGUGCUGGUAGGAGGGGCUUGGAUGCCACGGGCACCGUCAUCAUCCUGUGCAAGACGGGCGUCCACGAAAUGUCAGACCUGCACGUCAUGAUGCAGGGUAAGCCCACAGUGCUGCAGUCCCAGUUCCGGUUGACCUACACCAUGAUCCUGAACCUGCUGAGGGUGGAGGCCCUACGCGUCACCGACAUGAUGAGAAGGAGCUUCUCCGAAAGCCACCGAGACACACAGGCUCAGGAGACGCGCAUCUCUCAGCUGAAGAAGACUAUCUCAACGCUGCCCCCUAUGGACACGGAGGGACAAAUGUGCGACCUGCUGCCGUACUACCACACACUCACCGAGCUGCGAAUCACCUCACAGGCUCUACAGGAGGCCGUGAUGGAGUCGGUGACGGGGCUCAAAGCUCUCUCCGUGGGCCGAGUGGUCAUCGUCAACAGCAGCCAGCACCACAACGCUCUCGGGGUCAUUCUACAGGUGUCUAACGAUGCUGUGAAUCGCACCUUCACAACGCUGAUCAUCUGUGAGAAGGGGAAUGAGGAGCCGAAAGGAGAAAGUGAUCAGAGCAGCGCGCGGUCUCAGGUCUACACCGCCGCUCUCUUCAUCCCAGAAGGUCCCUGCAGUCACACGGUUCAGAAGCUGAAGCCUCAUGAGAUCUCUGGCAUCACCACCAAGAGCCUGAAGGUCAUGCCAGAGCGCAUUAUCGACAACUACCACAAGAGGCAGCAGCCGCGCUUCAAAAUGGACCCUCCGGGGCAAGCCAUAUCCCAGGCAACGCAGGAGCUUCUCCGAUUGGCCGAGUCCAACCCUGCCGGCAUGGCCACCCUUGACCCCGUGAACGACCUUCACCUGAAGGGCGUGGAGGUGGUGGAGGGCGUGAUGAGGCAGCGGGUGCUGCAGGACUGCCUCAAGGACUUCAAGUGCAUCCACUCGCCCACCUUCUCUGAACAGUUUGUUCGUGUUCAGGACAGGAUGCGUGUUCAGGAGGAGUUGGACCGCCUCCUCUUCCUGGUAUCUGACCAAUCCCUGGCCCUCCUGCCGGAGUACCACCAGAGAAUUAAGGUCCUGGAGGCUCUUAACUAUAUCGAUGCGAGUGGCGCGGUCCAGUUGAAGGGGCGCGUGGCGUGUCAGAUCUCCAGUCACGAGCUGCUGCUGACGGAGCUGCUGUUUGAGAACACCCUGAGCCCCCUGGCACCAGAGGAGAGCGCCGCCCUGCUGGCCUGCUUCGUAUUCACACAGAAGACACAGGUGGAGCCGCACAUCAACAACACGCUGAUGGAGGGUAUCGAGAGGGUGUUGAGUGUGGCUCAGAGGAUCGGUGACCUCCAGGUGCAGUGUGGGAUUCCUCAGACCACCGAGGACUUUGUGUCGCAGCUCAAGUUCGGCCUCACGGAGGUGGUCUACUGCUGGGCUCGCGGCAUGCCGUUUGCGGAGAUCGCGCAGCUGACGGACGUCCAGGAGGGUACCGUGGUGCGCUGCAUCCAGCGUCUGGACGAGGUCCUGAAGGAGGUCCGGCAGGCGGCGCGCAUCGUAGGAGACUCUGUCUUGGGCAGCAAGAUGGAGAAGGCCUCGCUCGCCAUACGCAGAGACAUCGUCUUCACCGCCUCUCUCUACACUCACUGAGGAGGGAGAGAGGGGGAGAG